AUGGACCCUAGUGACAUAAAUAAUCAGACUAUCAUGACAGAAUUUAUCCUCAAGGGACUCACAGACAUCCUUCAGUUUGAGUUUUUAUUUUUUGUCCUUUUCCUCUUCAUUUACAUAGUGGCUCUUACUGGAAAUUCUCUCACUGGGGCUGCUGUCAGCCUGAAUUCCGAACUUCACACCCCAAUGUAUUUCUUCCUUGCCAACUUGGCUUUCUUGGAUGUCAUCUGCACAUAUACUGAUGUGUCUAAUCUCCUCCAGAUUUUGGGGAGAAAAGACAAUACCAUUUCUUUUAGGGGGUGUAUGACUCAGUUAUACUUCCUGACUUGGUCGGUGGCUGCUGAGCUCUUGGUCUUCACGGCCAUGGCGUAUGCUUGGUAUGUAGCAAUCUGCCAGCCUCUGCAUUACAGCAAGAAAAUGAGUAGGGAAGUUUGUAUCUCCUUGGCUGUGGCUGUGUGGGGGAUCAGUGCAUUUGGUGCCACAACAAAUACCAGCCUCUUGUUGAGGUUGUCAUUCUGUGGUCCCAUUGUCAUUGAUCAUUAUCUCUGUGAGAUCCCUGCUCUAUUGCCACUCUCUUGCUCAUCCACAUGUGUGAAUGACAUCAUGACAGUUGUGGCUGACAUAUUCUUUGCUGUUCUGAAUUUCCUGCUCACCAUGCUGUUUUAUAGCUUCAUCACUUUCAGCAUCAUGGCAAUCCGGACCACAGAAGGCAAAAAGAGAGCUUUUUCUACUUGCUCCUCUCACCUCAUUGUAGUGACCAUGUACUACUCCACUGUGAUCUAUGUCUACCUGAGCUCAGGCUCCAGCUACUCUCCAAACAAAGGCCAGAUCAUGGCUGUGCUUUAUUCGACAGUGAGUCCCACCUUGAAUCCUGUUAUCUAUACUUUGAAGGAUAAAGAUGUCAAAAGGGCCCUUAGAAAACUCUUCAUGUUUCUCAAGGGAAAAUGA